GUGCAUCGGCGCUACUCAACGACCGGCUCAAACACGGAGCUUCACCUUCUUUCUGCAUCUGAACUCGAGGAUACAGUAGCCAACGUCGUUUCUCAGUUUUUGCACCUCCCAGUGCCAAAGGAUCAAGCUGAGCCGCAGCCAACUACAGAAGCAAGGAGGCCAAUCAUUAAAGAACCAGAAGAGGGAGGAAAGGCUUUGAACGGGAUCUUAGGUAAAAACCUUGUACCUCGUCUCCAAAAGUUGAGAGUUCUGGACAAGAUGAUCGGCGAACGAACAGCACUGGUGGAACGAUUUGACGCGAACUUGGUCAAGCAGGAAAUUGCUCGUAAAAGAGCGUUUAUCUUGAAGUGUCGGAUGGCCAAAGAUGGCAAGACUCGUGAAGUAGCCACACAAUUCGAGAAGAAGACGUCGUCGUCAGACUCCUCCACGACAUCUGAAAGUGCUGGAACAACCUCGGAAAGCAGUGAGGAAUCAGAAGAGUCCGAAGAGACAGACGAGUCACAGGCGACUUCUACUGAAGAGUCAUCAGCAAGCGAGAGCAGAACCUCAUCAUCAAGGGAGACGAUUCUGAGAAAAAAUUCCUCCGCCGUACCGGUGGGCAAACAUUCGCCCAAGAAGGACGAUAGGGACACAGAGGAACCACCGACAGUUCCUUCACCGACUAGUCUCUACCUCAAACAACUUCGUGAGAAAAUUCUCAAAGAGCGUAUGGAGAAAAUCUAG